AUGAGUAACAUAAGGCAUUAUGGAGACGUCAGUGAGGCGGUACUCCGUGAUGAGGCUGCUUCUAGCCACCAUCUCCCCGCGCCCACUACUUCGUCGUCAAAUGAGGGCCCUAGAAGGGAGUCUGAGGUUCUUCUAAGGGCCAAGCAGAAAGCUGAUGAGCUACACAAGGCAUUUGAGGAGGUUAGGAAGACCAAAGGAGAUCUCAGCGCUGCUGUGCCUGGGUCCGACAGAGAGGUCAAGAACAAGCUCAGGCUCAUAGGGGAGCCCAUCUGCCUCUUUGGGGAGGAUCCUGCUGAUAGAAGAGGUCGACUCAAGUUGCUAUUGUCCAAGGGCAAGUACCAGGAGCUCCUCAAGCCGGCAGCAGCAGCUGCAGCAAAAGAGGCCUCUAGAGGAGAUGAUAAAAGAGGCAAGGUUGAACAGGAGCUGUUCUUUACUAUUGGUAGUGAGAACCUCAUGGCUAAGCGACGAAAGUUGUGGGAUAUUACUAGGCAGAAAUCAAAAAAGGUCCUUGAGGCUGAGAGGGAGGACUUCCAUAAGACAAUUGAUUACGACUACAACAGGCGCUUCACGGUCCUUGCUGAUGCGCUCAAGUCGGCCCACUCAAUUGAGGAAUUCACUGGAGCUGGCUCGGAUACCCGACCCUUGUCGUGUAUACGUCUAUCAAGGGCGACAAGGGGGGCUGAUCCUCAUGCACAGGCUCCGAGGGUUGCUGUGGCUAGCUGGAGUGGUUAUAUAGGGAUAUGGACUGCGGAUGAAAAGAUGAAGCGACUGUACACCCUGGGAUCUGAUGGGCAUGGGCACUCAGACAGAUGCCAAACCGUUGCGUGGAGCCCAAAUGGCCGUCAACUAGCGAGCGGUGGGGCUGACCAUAACAUAUGUAUUUGGGAUCUACCCACGGCUGAUGUGGACACUAAUAUCGACGAGCCACUUUCAUUACAGCCGAGUGCGGUUCUGGAGGGCCAUGAGAUGCGUGUUAAUAAUGUUGAAUAUGUUCCAGUCUUCCCGCAGUUGGUCGCCUCGACCUCUCAUGACGACACAUGGCGACUGUGGGACAUCGAGAAGCAAGAGGAAAUACUGCUCCAGGAAGGGCACAACCAUCCGGUUUUCGGUCUCGCCAUCCAUCCCUGUGGGUCACUGAUCGCUACGUCGGACAUGAGUGGGGUCGUGAGAGUAUGGGAUCUUCGUACUGGUCGGACAGUCCUUCCUCUUACAUAUGAGGAUGGAGGACACUGCAAGGGUGUACUCGCGGUUGACUUUUCCCCCAAUGGUUUCCAGUUGGCCACGGGUGGGAUGGACAACAGUGUGAAACUAUGGGACCUUCGGAAGCGUCGUAGAUUGGAAAAUCUCCCUGCUCACGAAAAGUUGAUAUCGGAUGUCCGAUUUUCCCCCGAUGGUCGACUAUUGCUCACGGCUGGCUAUGACGGUGUCGCGAAAAUUUGGAGUACGCUGGAUUGGACCGACGUGCGAAAUCUUCCUAUUGCUUGCAACAAGGUUAUGUCUGCUGAUAUUGAUGGGUCGGUGGUUGCCACUGCUGGCUUUGAUCGUCAAUUUAAAAUAUGGAAGUUGCCGAGUGAAAAUGUCAAGGAAGAUGAUAAGGACGUGGAGAUGAAGACACAGUAGAUUGAGAGU